AUGAGGUUAGCCAAUGGUGAUCCGGCGAUCGCCGGAGCGUUGGUGGCGGUGGUGGUGAUAUGUGUGGCAUCGGCGGUGAUGGUGGGUGUCGUGGACGGAGCCAAGGGAGAUCGGCCGGUCACGCAGCUGUCGAAUGGCUUCACGGCGAGGCAUUCCCCGGACGCGCCGGCGCCGUUCGAGCCGGUGCUGUACGCGGGCAACGGCGCCUUCGCCUUCGGGUUCCUCCGCGUCGGCGCGGCGUCGCUGGACCUCGCCGUGGUGCACCUCGCCUCGUCGUUCUCGGUCUGGCGCGCCACGCCGGCGCGCGUCGGGGACUGGUCGCGCCCGGCGACGCUCACCUUCGACCGCGGCCUCGUCCUCGCCGGCCCCGACGGCGGCGUUCUGUGGCAGACGCUGAACAUCAUCGGCGACACCGUCGCGCUGCUCAACUCGUCCAACCUCGUCGUCCGCCGGUUCGCGGAGACGCGACCGGCGUGGCAGAGCUUCGACAGCCCGUCGGACACGCUGGUCCUGGACCAGAACUUCACCGCGUCGUCGCCGCCGCUCAUCUCCGCGAACCGCCGGUUCGCGCUGCGGCUCGCCAAGACGCACAUGUCCCUGCACAUGGAGUUCUACGGCGGCAGGACGACGCCGCUGUACUGGCAGCACACGGCGCUCGAGGCGGAUCCGGAGAACGCCACGCAGCCGCCGGUGUACGGCCGCCUCGACGGCCGCGGCUUCUUCGGGCUGUACCUCCAGGGCAGCGGCGAGAAGGUCGACAUGCUCUCGUUCGACACGUUCGUGCAGAACUUCACCGGUGCAUUCCGGCGAAUGACGCUGGAGGACGACGGCAACCUCCGCGCGUACUACUGGACCGCCGACGCCAAGGCCUGGACCUCCGACUACAAGGCCAUCACGGCGCCGUGCGAGCUGCCGACCUCGUGCGGCGCCUAUGGCCUGUGCUUCCCCGGCGGCGGCGAGGCCAAGUGCCAGUGCCUCACCAACAGCACCGCGACCUCCCCACCGUGCCGCCCCGAGGAGACCACUGACCUCUGUGGCGGCGGUGACGACAACGACGUCGGCCAGGUGUUCGACGAGGUCCGGCUGAAGCGCGUGUCCGUGGCGUACAAGGAGCGGCUGCCGUUCGAGACGAACAAGACGGCGGAGCAAUGCGAGGCGGCGUGCGCCGGCAACUGCAGCUGCUGGGGCGCGGUGCACAACGGCGCGAGCGGCUACUGCUACCUCAUCGACUUCCCCGUGGAGACGAUGGCGUACGAGGCCGACGACCGGAAGGUGGGCUACUUCAAGCUCAGGAAGCCGCCGCGGAGCUCGGCGCGGUCGGGCAUGUCGCGCGGCGCGAAGGCCGUGACGGCGGUACUGUCGCUGAUCCUCGCGAGCCUGGCCAUCGCCGGAGCUUACGUCGGGUUCCGGCUCUGGCAGAGACGGCAGCAGCAGCGGCGGCGCGGCGGCUACCCGGGGAUGGAGCAGGAACUGACGUCGUCGUCGGGCCCGUACAAGGACCUCAAGUCCAUGGGCAGCUCCAACAGCUCGUUCAAGUCGUGAUCCAUGGAAAUGGAACGGACGAACAGCUUUGGUGUGGCUUGUGAAAUUCU